AAACCUUUAAAAAAAAAAAAAGAAGUUAGGGGUAAACAAUAUCUCUGGUAUUGAAGAAGUGAAUAUGUUCACAAACCAAGGAACAGUGAUCCACUUUAACAACCCCAAAGUUCAGGCAUCGCUGGCAGCGAACACUUUCACCAUUACAGGCCAUGCUGAGACAAAGCAGCUGACAGAAAUGCUACCCAGUAUCUUAAACCAACUUGGUGCAGACAGUCUGACUAGUUUAAGAAGACUGGCUGAAGCUCUGCCCAAACAAUCUGUGGAUGGAAAAGCACCACUUGCUACCGGAGAGGAUGAUGAUGAUGAAGUUCCAGAUCUUGUGGAGAAUUUUGAUGAAGCUUCCAUGAAUGAAGCAAACUGAAUUGAGUCAACUUCUGAAGAAGAUAAAACUUAAAGAAGUUACUGGGAGCUGCUAUUUUAUAUUAUGACUGCUUUUUAAAAUUUUGUUCAUGGAUCUGAUAAAAUCUAGAUCUCUAAUAUUUUUAAGCCCAAGCCCCUUGGACACUGCAGCUCUUUUAAGUUUUUGCUCAUACA